AUGGCUGACCGUGCGCCGACUUCACCAACUGCUGCCGCUGCCGCUGCCGUGCCUCCUGUUGCCCCCGUGGAGGGCGAAGAGAAAUUGAGCAAGAACGAACUCAAACGCCGCUUGAAGCUGGAAAAGGCCGCGCUAGCCAAAGCCGAGAAGGACGCGGCCAAGGCAGCCGCCGCACUUGUCGCAGGUCCCAAGAAAGCGACGGCUGCUGCCGCUGGUGGCGACGCCGACGAUGAGUUGGACCCCACCGCAUACUUUGAGAACCGCACGAAACUGCUUGCGGAACUCGAGGCGGACGGCGUCAACCCGUACCCGCACAAAUUCCACGUGACGAUCUCCGUUCCUGAAUUUGUCCAGACAUACCAUGGCAUCGAAGCCGGCAGUCACGUGGAAACGACCGUCGUGUCGGUGGCCGGUCGCUUGAUGAGCAAGCGCGCGAGCGGCGCCAAGCUCCACUUCUACGGCCUGCACGCCGACGGCGCGUCCAUCCAGGUCAUGUCCCAGAUCGACGUGUACGCCGACGAGGCCGAGUACGCGCGCAUCCACGCUGCAUUGCGCCGCGGGGAUCUCGUGGGUGUGACGGGGUUCCCCGGCAAGUCGAAGAAGGGCGAGCUGUCCAUCUUCCCCACGAGCCUCGUGCUCCUCUCUCCAUGCAUGCACAUGCUGCCCAAGGCCCACUACGGCCUGUCCAAUCAGGACACGCGCUUCCGCCAGCGCUACUUGGACCUGAUCUUGAACGACGAAACGCGCAAAGUGUUUACCGUGCGCUCCAAGAUCGUCAACUUUAUCCGCAAGUUCUUGGACGCACGCCAGUUUGUCGAAGUGGAAACCCCCAUGAUGAACAUGAUUCCUGGCGGCGCCACCGCCAAGCCCUUCGUCACGUACCACAACGACCUCCACAUGAACCUAUUCAUGCGCGUGGCCCCGGAGCUGUACCUCAAGCAGCUCAUCAUUGGCGGGUUGGAUCGCGUCUAUGAGAUCGGCCGCCAAUUCCGCAAUGAAGGCAUCGACCUGACCCACAACCCCGAGUUUACCAGUUGCGAGUUUUACCAAGCGUAUGCCGACUACAACGACUUGAUGGAAUUGACGGAACAAAUGUUCUUUGGCAUGAUCGAAUGA